AUGGAGACACAAUUAGGUCAGAUUGUUGAUGCUUUGAGUCAAAGAGAACUCGAGAAAUUUCCAAGCCAACCGGUGAUACUUCAAAGGAACCAAGAGCAGGCCAAAGCGGUCAUAACACUUAGAAGUGGCCCCACUCAAGAAGAGAUUGAGAAACCGAAUGAAGAUCCAAGCAAUGCUACUUCUUCGUAUGAAGCUCCAAAUUUUCACAAGGCUGAAAAACCUUACACUCCGCCAAUCUCAUUUCCAGGAAGACUUGCCAAAAGCAAGCAGGAUAAGUCAUUUAAAGAAAUUUUUGAUAUUUUAAGUAAAGUGAAUGUUAAUUUACCUUUGCUUGAUGUCAUUAGGAAUAUGCUAGUGUAUGGGAAAUUUUUCAAGGAGCUGAACACUUAUAAAAGGAAGUAUAGACCUAAUGAGAAGGUGAUGGUGUCUGAAAAUGUGAGUGCUGUGCUUCAAAGAAAGCUCUCACUAAAACUCAAGGAUCCGGGCAGUUUUUCUAUCAAUAUCACCAUUGGAGACAACCUAGUUGAAAAGGCUAUGCUUAACUUGGGGGCUAGCAUCAACUUAAUGCCCUAUUCAGUGUACCUUCAAUUAGAUUUUGUAGUGUUGGACAUGGAAGAGGCUCCUAUACAUGAUCAUGAGUUACCUAUUUUGCUUAGGAGACCCUUUAUGGCCACGGCAAAGACUAUCAUAGAUGUGCAAAAUGGUCUCCUCACCAUGACUGUGCUAGGAAAAACUAUACAAUUCAAAGUGUUUGAAUCUCUUUCUCACCCUUCUACUUCACUUGAUUGUUGUUCGAUUGAUGUGCUUGAUUCACUGGUUUUCUCUAAGUUUUUGCUGGCACAAUCCAAUGAUCCAUUACAAUAUGUUUUGAGUCAAUCUCAAAAUAACUUUGAUGAAGAAGUGCUCAUGGAGAUGGUGGCUGCCUUGGUAGCAUUAAAACCAUAUCCCUCCACUUUUUCACCUCUUAUAGAGCCAUUAGGACCAUCUGCCACACAUCUGAUCCCUUCUGUUGCUAAACCUCCAAAACUUGAGCUUAAACCACUUCCAUCACAUCUAAAAUAUGCUUACCUAGCUGAGUUUGAAACUCUCCCAGUUAUCAUAGUAUUUGACCUCACCCCUUUGGAAGAAGAUAAACUAAUUAUGGUGCUAAAAGAGUUCAAAUCAGCCAUUGGUUGGUCUAUUGCAAAUAUCAAGGGAAUAAGCCCUACUAUGUGCAUGCAUUGA